ACACACAUGAAUAAAGAAGUUUAUUGUGAACAAACUUUAUUCUCAACUAAUAAACAAAACCAUCAGAUGAGAUUAUUAAUAGUUCUUACUUUGCAAUUUCUUAAAAUAUUUCUAGUGGGGAAUUGUAUAUAUGAACAUGAUUGUAAUAAUAAAGUAAUGUAAUCAAACAAUAUCACAAAACAUUCUAAUACAUUUACAAAUAAUAGGUUGAUUUUGGCAAGUACUGUAUGAGUAGAAAUAAAGAAACAUGAGUAAUAAUAUCACAUAAAUAUAUAAAUGCAAUCAAAAGAAUGUAAAUCAUCUCCUAAAGUUAUUUGAUAUAUUUAACAGAGUAUAGGCUAUGAUACGUAAGUGGAAUUUUAGACGUGAUUGCUUAAAAGAUGAGACACUUAAUGAAUUUAGGAUGCACAGAUAAAAUGAACGAACUUAUUCUAAUCGUGGAAUUUCUACUACACUUUUCAAGUCGAUCAACAAUAAUAAACCCUUACGUAGAAAGGAUUACAAAAUAAAAGUCAAGAAUAAAAUCAUUAUUGAUAAGGGCCUCACAAAUUGAGAACAAUAUUGAUGAAAAUACUAAUGGAAUGGAACAAAAGAAAAACUAAAAUGUAAAUGUAAUCUGCUUUGAAAUAUAAAGGUCACAAAAAUAGAUUAGUAUCAUCUACCAUAAAUACUGAAGGGAUUUAGAUUUAUUUAUCUUACUAUAAUAUUAUAUGCUACUUGACUAAUCUCAUAGAUACUCUUCUGCAAUGGUUCAACAUUCUAAAAAUACAGCAAUAGUUUCAUUCGGGUAUCACAACCAGCGAUAUAUAUUUUUAUUUCUGAUACACUCGAAAAACAGUAAUAUACAUCUAUUUAAUCCAUAAAAUAAUACGAAUUUGCAACAUUUAUAUAAUAUAUAAUGUAUAAUAGGCUACAUAUUUUCUGAUAUAAUGAUUUUUUAAAAUAUAAUUUCGAUCAUACACUGUCAUAAAUAGCUUGAGCAGAGUAAUUCACAGAUAACAUAUAUUAUCAUUGUAUGAUACUAUAGUAAUUGGUAAUAACAUGAAUAUAUUACAUAGCCUUUGGCAUGUAGAUAGAUUGCACUAUGAAUUUUUAAAAUAUUAAUUCGUAAUAGAACUAUAUGAAAAAUAAUGGAUUGGUUUAUGGAUCAGAAACAUUUUGACAAGAAUUAUUUUUUUUUAAAUAUAUAACACCCACAGGCAUUGUCGUUAUUUAUUUCGCAUCGUACGAAAAUUUAAUUUUAUCAUUCUUCUUUAUCCAUUGAUUUAUUUGAAAGACAUGAAACAGCCGAAGAACUCAAAGUUUUUUUUGUAAUUAUUGAAAAUUUUAGAAAAUACAUUAGGUUUAGGGAUCUUUCACUUUGUAAAGUUGGAAACCUGGUUUUGCUAAGUCUUCGUGAUUGAGUCGAAUGGUCAGAUGGUAGUUGGUGCUUGUUUGAAUAAGAGUAAGUAAUUCGUCUUCAAAUCUUAUUAAGUGGAGAUAAUUAAUUUAUUAAAUUAAUUAACAUAAAAUAUGGUAUUAUAUUUCUAAAACUGAAACAACUCCGGUUAUUUACGCUUCUUCAAAAUUAUUUUCGGCAAUUUAUGGUUACUUCGGUGCUUUUUCUUUGGAUAUUUCUUGAAACUCAUGAAGUAUAUAACUAUCAUUCAAACCUUCCACACAUACCGUAGGCCUAUACAAUAAGGACAACGUGAUUUGAACAGGUUGCUGUCAACAUCUAUUUCGAGAAUAACAGUCUGAAUUGUAGGUUAUGCAGAUAGUCCGAAUUAUUGUAGUUCAAAAUUAACAUCAACUUCUCACAGUGCACGAAGAAUUCACUUGACACCAACAAUCUGAGUCAUUAUAUGGAUUGUAUCAUCACAGGGAGAAUCAUCAGGUCAACAAAGGAAGCAAAGCAAAAUCACAAUAAUACCUUCAAAUCCUGCAGUGAAAGAGAAUGGAAAAUUACCCAAGCAGCACCAACAGGCCAGCUGAGUGCCAAGAGGGCCAGUGAGGGUGCCACAAGAAAAAGCCUACCUGAAAAGGUAGUUCCAAUCUGUGAAGAAAGAGCCUGAAACUGCAGUUACCCCACCUGUCGUAAGAAAGAAGCCUAAAAUGGAAAAUGAUUCUCCCCCUCUUCACCUCCUCCUCCACUAUCGCUACCUAUGUCCCCCUGAGCCAAUAGGAAACCUCCAGCAGACAAAAAGCCGAUUUUGAAAGAGAAGGCAGCUGAGCUAGAAACUUUGCGAGCUAGACCCAGGAGAGGUCCUGACUGGACAGAUAUGAUGAAAGAAGUCGAGCAGGGUGCUAAAUUUAUUAAUUUAUUUAUUCAACUUCCAACGAUACAACACCAAUUUUAUAGAAAAAUAACAGCGAAAAACAGAUACAAGCAAAAAAUAUAAAAAACAAUUUUCAAUAUUUGAAUAUCAACUAUGUGAAUAAUAUAAACAAAAAUACAAAAACAAAAUACACAAGAAAACACAUUUAACAGUAGAUAUAGAUCGAAGAGGAAAUAAACAUGAAAGAUUAACAAUGGGGGCAAACAGCAAGAAAAGGAACACUAAACUCACAGAUGCAGAGCUCUCAUCAUAAUUCUCCUGAAAGAGCCCAGGGACACCCCAACGAAAUCAACUUCAGCUGCAGCAGCCUCACAACCAGAACGAAGUACUCUAGACAGUCCACUACUGUAGGCAUGGGCCGUUGUGUGACAGCGUCUGCGGAAAAAAGUCCUGGAGCGUGUCCCUCUUGGAUCACAGAUGUCAAUGCUUGCCAGCAAUUCAGGGCAGUCCAAAUAUUCAUUGACAAUCUUGAAAAGAAGGACCAGGUCAUUGUGUCUCCUCCUCAGAACCAAAGGUAGGAGAUGGAAAUGUCCCUCAAUUUCUUCCACGGGAACUUCAAAGUAGUUGAAACCCAUCUUGUAGGCCAGCAUCCUCAAGAAACGUCUCUGCAGUAGGUUAAUCUGGUAUUGAUGGUAUGGUGACCAGAACACAGAGCCAUAUUCCAAUUAAAACAUGUCCAAUGCAACGAUCGUAGCGUUCCCAUAUUACCUGAGGCAAAAGCCAAAUGACAGUUUGUUUAUGAAUCAGAAAAGGACAAUGCUCAAAAUCAACUGCUCAAACAAAUUCAACAAGGAGUGAGACUGAAAAAGACCAGAACCAAUGGUAGGAGUAGACCAAUACUUGAUGGCCUCAGAAAAUUCCGCCGCCAAAUGACCAUAGAGGAGCAGAUACAGAAAUCGACUUAAGUAGCAGAUGUGGUAGCUUUGGCCGCUGAACCAGACGAAUUGGACGACAUUGACAAAGUCAGAGACGAUCUGCAGUCCGCUAAACAGAUGCUGGCCCUCCAACUCAGGAACAAGGAGGGGCUAGAGAGAGAGAGAGAGAGAGAGAGAGAGAGAGAGAGAGAGAGAGAGAGAAACAAGCGGCUCAUGGCUAGGCUGCUCAACUUGGGAGUUGAACUUGAGAAAGAGAAGGCUACGAAACACAUUGAGUCGGAGAGGGGAGGUGCUGUGCUCCAAGUUAAAACCGAAGAGGAUGAGGAGCUAGUACAAAAACUGAAUUAAGAAGCAGCCGCACCAGCAGCUGUCGCUAAGGAAAUGGAAGACAAGUACCAGAAAAUAGUAGAAGAGCUGGACACAACACGCGCCAAACUGGAGUCAGCCUGGCUCAGGAAUGAGCAGAUCGAACUGCAGCUGAAGGCUUACGAGAAGGGAUCCCCAGUCACUCAGAUCUCUAAGCAGCCGUCAUCCAAGAAGCUCGCUGCAUCUAUGGCUUCCAUACACUUCGCUGCCCCCCCCCCAUUUGAACAGGAGUCCGAGUAUGAGGAGGAGACUGAGGAGAGCGAAUCUGAGGAGGAUACCGAUGACAAGGACUCAGAAGCAGCGCAGGAGCGUAGACAUCAACGCCAGAUGUAAUUGAUGACGACCAAGGUGAAGUCCUUCAAGAGUAGAAUGAACAAUGCGCUAAAAGAACGACAUAAAACUGAAAGACAUGGCUGAACAAGAAACAACAGGAUGAAACAUAACAUAUGGUAUAAUAUUUCUAAACCUGAAACAACUCUGAACUCAAUUUAUUUACGCGUUUUCAAAAUUAUUUUCGGCGAUUUAUGGUUACUUCGGUGCUUCUUCUUUGGACAUUUCUUAAAACUCAUUAAGCGAAAAAUUUUGUAUUUCUAUUUUAUACAAAUUUAGUGUAUAUUCGUGACUAUAUUUCUUUACUGGUGAAAAUUCUUAGUAAAAGUUAAUGUUUUUUCUUCAAUCUUGUAUCAAAGUGUCUGCAUGAUCCGCCACAAUCUAGGGCCUAAUACAUUGUUCCUUUUUGUUCCAUUUAUUGGGCAACUCCAAUGGGUGUGUAUCAGCAUAAGCUUGUAAAGAAUUAAAUAUCUAUUAUAAGGCACAUUACUGCAUAAGUAUUUACUUAAUACGAAUAAAAAAUACUUUCAAUAACAAAUGUAAAAUGAUUAUGAAUAUUUUCAGUUAUUUGGAGGGCAUAAGUUUUGAACAUCAAGUUUAAAAAGUAACUGUAAUCGGCUGACUCUAGAGGAAAAAUAAAUUCUAUGAGAAUUCAAGCAUUCUAAUGAUAUGACAGCUUGUCGUAGUUUAUUCUUCAUCGUUAUUUUAUUUGUUCUUCACUAUAUUUAUUAUAUUACAAAAAUAUAAUUACUUGAUAAAUAAUUGAUUGGUACUGAUCAUUUGAAAAAAAUAUUAUACAUUUAAUUCGAAUAAUAUUACAAAUGGAGUUUUGAAUGGAGUGGCUUGUAAAGUUUAAGAUUCCACUCAACUACAGUGACG